CCCCAACGACCAACUGCUGCCUCCUCUCCUGGCACUCUAAGAACCUCCCCAAACUCUCAGACUCUUUAAGGCCCUGACUGCUUUAAGGGCCCACACAGUGGGACAUCCUGGAGGGAACUUGAUCCCCACCUUCUCCAGUCCAGAGACUCACAAAGAUUCCUCACCUCCCCGCAGCCACCAGCCAAAAGCUCCCACAUUACUCUGGGUGCCCAUGGGUUGGACAAUGAGGCUAGCCACAGCAGCCCUCUUUCUGGGUCUCACGAUGGUGGUCACUGGAGAUGAGAUAAAGAACGGCGUUUGCAUCUAUGAUGCCCUGCCUGACAACGAUGCUGUCCUCUGCAAGGGCCUGGAAGUUUUCUACCCAGAGUUGGGGAACCUUGGCUGCAUGAUUGUUCCCGAAUGCAACCUCUAUAGACAGAAGAUCACCCAGUGGCCGGCGCCCAUCGUCAAGUUCCCUGGGGCCCUGGAGGGUGCAACCUACAUCCUGGUGAUGGUGGAUCCAGAUGCCCCUAGCAGGUCUUUUCCCAAAUAUCGAUUCUGGAGACACUGGCUGGUAACCGACAUCAAGGGCAGUGACUUGAAGAAAGGAAAGAUUCUGGGCCAGGAGCUAUCAGCCUACCAGCCUCCCUCCCCACCCGAAGAAAGUGGCUUCCAUCGCUACCAGUUCUUCGUCUAUCUUCAGCCAGAAAUGGCCAUCUCUCUCCUUCCCAAAGAAAAUAAAACCCGAGGCUCUUGGAAUAUGGACAAAUUUCUGAACCGCUUCCACCUGAGUGAACCUGAAGCAAGCACCCAGUUCACGACCCAGAAUUACCAGGACUCACCAAGUUUCGUGGCUCUCUCCGGAGGAGAAAACAUUAAAACCAAGGACAAUUCCAGAAAGAGGUAAACGCCUUCCAGACCUCAGACGUCACUUUGCAGGUGUCUACCUUGCCCAACACCAGUGGUCUGAUUAUGGAAACCCCUCUGGAUAGGGAACCCUUCUCCUCCAAAUUAAAAAAGUCAUGCAGGGCUUCCUGGUUGGAUAUUUUGCUUCUUAGCCUGUUCUCCUUCAAAGACCAACAAGAAAUCUACCAAUGGCCAGCACUGGCAACUGGGGCUUUCCUGCACGUACACGUGGUUGUGGGCAGUGCACUGGAAUAGAUGGACGUGGU